AUGCCUCCAAAGCCCAGUCCUCAAGGCCGCAAGGACGGCACCAUUCACUUCAUCAACGCCCGACCGGCCUCGGAAACAGAGCGACUGGACAUUAAACGCAUGGUACGCGCCCACGUUGGGAAAUGGCUCUCAACCCAGACCAAGGACCGAGCCGGUUCCGCCGUUGAGGCUGCCUACCCUCCUCCUCCUCCGGCUGCCACUUCCGCGGACCCCAACGCCGAUGCCGCUGUCGAGAUCGAUCCUCCUUCUACCGAUGCCUCGUCGAGUCCGUCACCGCCGUCCUCUGUCUCUUCUCCAGAGUGUAAUUGCUCUGCAAACCCCGCACAGCCCAUUUGCAUCCCGCCGCAGACGACUGAACCAACUUUGUCGAUUGUUCCUCGGACAAUUAUACCGGCUACAAACGCGCAUACAUGUCGAGAACAAUGCGAUGGUCAGGAGGGCUGCCGAUGUGGCUUACCAGGAGUAGACGGGCCCAAUCCUCUGUACCCAGGAGAAUACAUCGAAGCCAUCGGCGCCGGCUGCCUUGAUCCAUUUCGAGUCUAUACUACAAAAUAUGAGCCAGAGCUCAUCCGGGCCUCGGAGGAGUACUGUCUAUCAUGCCUCUGGCCCGGUCUUACCCCCGGACCAUCCAUUGCGAACAUGAAAUCGUGGUUCCCAAUGUCGCUAUCCGACCAGACGCUCUUUACCGCAUUCCUGUUCGGCGCUCUCUCACAUAUGCGCGUUCAAGCGCUGCACGGCUGGAUUCCGCGGCAGAUGUUCCAUGCACGCAAGCAGCGUAUGCUGGAAACAGUCGAAAUGGAGACUAUCAAGCUGGUCAGUAGGGAGAUAGACAAUCCGUCGCGUGCGGUGUGCGAUUCCGUAAUCUGGAGUGUCGUCUGCAUGGCACAUAACAAGGCAGAUGAUGAUUUGGCUGAGUCUCCUCCCCCGCCGUUUACUGCCCCGAUGCAGCGAUUGCAGUGGCUUGGUGUGUAUGGUAGCCUUCGGCCGAACCUCGUCCACAUUGGAGGCCUGAUACAGAUGAUUAACCUGCGAGGCGGAAUUGAUAAGAUUCAGCUCCCUGGUCUGGCUUCGGUGAUAUCCUUCUCCGAUGUCGUAACCUCAACCACCGUUCUUGGGAGCCCAGUAUUCCCCUUCGUUCCUCUGGAGCCAAGCCGCAGGGGCAAGACAAUGCAAGACCUCCUAGAGUACACCGACUCCGAGGUAGACCAGUACCACGCUCAGUUCCAACAACUUGGCCUUCCGCGCAUCUUCGCGGAAAUCAUCUGUGCCAUGAACACGUAUAUCGCCCUCGUCGACAAAUACGUCAAGGGUGAAAAGGGCUAUGACACUUGCCUAGUCGCCGACCAACGCAAUCUCAUCCACUACAACCUCAUCUCCGUCCCUCGUGCAGCCCUUCCCGGUCAAGACAGCAUCUGCACCCAGCCCGAGGAUAUCAUAUACGAAUCCUUCCGCCUCGCAACCCUUAUCUACAGCGUUGGGGUUAUCCUACCUCUCCCGGCGCAGAGCUCGCCGCUCGUAAACGUCGCCGAACUCCUCUAUAAUACACUUCUCCCUGCAAUCUCCGCCCAUACUACUCUCCGCCUCUGGGACACGCCCAACGGCCAGGCUGUUCUCCUUUGGAUUCUUAUGCUCGGCGGGAUUGCGGCAACGCAGACUCCUCACCGAGCAUGGUUCAUCGCCACACUCAGCAGCGUCGCCGAAAUCAACAGAGUUGCGUCCUAUAAUCACUUGAAACAGUAUCUGGCUCGAGUGGCAUGGUACUCCAUGGCUUGCGAUAAGCCAGGAAUGGAGCUGUGGGGUGCUGUCGAGGAUUAUAGGCGUAAGGCAACUUGGCAGACUGAGCUAGUAUAUCAGAGACAGUCUGGGUGA